AUGGAAGGAGAGUCGGAAAAUGCGCCGACCCAGAGGCAGGAGCCGCCUGUGUUUAAGGCCCCAAGGCUGGUCUCGCGCCCAAAGCCCCCGGUGCAACAAGAGGAGGAGAUGGGCUCUGAGAUCAAGCUGGGCGACUUUGAAGAUGUCCAUGCUCUGUCCGUCUCUGAAGCGCGCGCCGUCGUCACAGCCGUCCACGAGGCACGAAAGAAGAAGGACCCCGAGAACAACCCGCUGCGCGACAGGAUAUACAACGACAGCAUAACCAUCACGCAGUUUCUCGAUUACCUCGACAACUUCGCCCGGUACAAGGAAGAAGACAGCCUGCACUCCAUUGCUGCCCUCUUCGAUGCCCACCCCGAAAUCUCCGUCGUCGAGAAGGCGCUGCUGGGAACGCUGACUCCGGAUACCGCCGAGGAAGCCACCACGCUCAUUCCCUCGCUGAACAUGGACGAGGAAGAGCUCCAGUUGAUUCUGGACGAGCUGAACAAAAUGCAGGAUCGCCUUCGAUAG